GGCCGAGCGCCGCUAGCAGCAUGUCUCGGCGCAAGCAGGCCAAGCCCCAGCACCUCAAGUCGGACGAGGAGCUACCGCCGCCGGACGGGGCUCCCGAGCACGGCGUCCCCAGGGAAGGCGCGGAGGAUGCGGACAGUGGCAGCGAGAGCAGGAGUGGCAGUGAGGAGACCAGUGUGUGUGAGAAGUGCUGUGCGGAGUUCUUCAAGUGGGCAGACUUCCUGCAGCACAAGAAGACCUGCACCAAGAACCCAUUAGUUCUGAUUGUACACGAUGAUGAGCCAGCACUGCCCUCCGAGGACUUUCCAGAACCUUCUCCGAUCAGCUCUCCCAGUGACCGCACUGAGAGCGAGGCCACAGAGGAGACAGCACCUGCAGAGGGCAGCGAGAUGAAGGCUGCUGGGAAGGAGGCAGAGCCCAUGGACGUGGAGGCACCUGCAGACAAGGGCCCAGCAGGUCCUGGUGUUCCCCCACCACCACCAGCACUGCCACGGCCACCGGAGCCUGCAACCUUCAGCAUGCCAAGUACCAACGUGACACUAGAGACGCUGCUCAGCACCAAGGUGGCUGUGGCACAGUUCUCACAGGGCACACGCACAGGUGGCACCGCAGGCACUGGUGGCAGUGUGGGCGCAGUAGCCAUCCCCAUGAUCCUGGAGCAGCUGGUGGCCCUGCAGCAGCAGCAGAUCCACCAACUCCAGCUCAUUGAGCAGAUCCGCACCCAGGUGGCCCUGAUGAGUCGCCAGCCAGGGCCUCCACUGAAGCCCUCAGCUGGUGCCCCUGGGACAGCCUCCGGCCAGCUCCAGGGCCUGGCUCCCCACACAGCCCUCCAGCUUUCAGCUGGACCCCCCACUGCCCCUCCUGGCUCAAGCUCUGCAGCACCAGUGGCCUUUGAGGGUCCCCAGCACCUGUCACAGCCUGCAUCAGGCACAAGCACGCCCUGCAGCACCAGUGCUGGCCCCACUGAGUCAGGGUCGCAUCCAGCCUGCAAUCCUGGCCCGGCUCCGGGGACAGUAGCUGCAGCAUCCAGCAUGGUGGGCAACACAGUACAGCCCCAAAAUGCAUCCACACCCCCUGCCCUGGGUACUGGGCCCCUCCUUAGCUCAGCCUCCAGCCUGCCAAACCCUCUGCUACCUCAGACCUCCUCCAGCAGUGUCAUCUUCCCCAACCCGCUGGUCAGCAUCGCUGCCACAGCCAAUGCCCUGGACCCCCUGUCAGCCCUUAUGAAGCACCGAAAGGGCAAACCCCCCAAUGUGUCAGUGUUUGAGCCCAAGGCCAGCGCUGAAGACCCCUUCUUCAAGCACAAGUGCAGAUUCUGUGCCAAAGUCUUUGGCAGUGACAGUGCGCUACAGAUCCACUUGCGAUCCCAUACCGGGGAACGGCCCUUCAAGUGCAACAUCUGUGGCAAUCGCUUCUCUACCAAGGGCAACCUGAAGGUCCACUUCCAGAGGCAUAAGGAAAAGUACCCCCACAUCCAGAUGAAUCCCUACCCUGUCCCAGAAUACCUCGACAAUGUGCCCACCUGCUCGGGGAUUCCCUAUGGCAUGUCUCUGCCUCCAGAGAAGCCAGUGACCACCUGGCUGGACAGCAAGCCAGUUCUGCCCACUGUGCCCACAUCUGUAGGGCUACAGCUCCCUCCCACCAUCCCUGGCACCCACAGCUACACUGACUCCCCAAGUGUUACCCCUGUCAGCCGCUCCCCACAGAGACCCUCUCCAGCAUCUAGUGAGUGUACUUCUCUGUCCCCAGGCCUCAACAAUGCCGAGUCUGGCAUUGCAGUGACAGCUGAGUCCCCACAGCCCCUCCUUGGUGGGUCUUCUCUGACUAAAACAGAGCCAGUUAGCCUCCCUUGCACAAGUGCAAGGACAGGGGAUGCUCCUGUGGUGGGUGGACAGGUCAGUGGAUUGCCUACUUCUGCUGCCACCACAGUCACGGACAGCGCCUGCACGAGCCUGGGUAGCCCUGGUCUUCCAGCUGUCUCUGACCAGUUCAAAGCCCAGUUUCCCUUUGGAGGACUACUCGACUCUAUGCAAACGUCAGAGACCUCAAAACUGCAGCAGCUAGUGGAGAAUAUUGAUAAGAAGAUGACCGACCCAAACCAGUGUGUCAUCUGUCACCGCGUGCUGAGCUGCCAGAGUGCUCUGAAGAUGCACUAUAGGACACACACAGGUGAAAGGCCCUUCAAAUGCAAGAUCUGUGGCCGCGCCUUCACCACCAAAGGCAACCUGAAGACACACUUUGGGGUGCACCGUGCAAAGCCCCCACUCCGUGUGCAGCACUCUUGCCCCAUCUGCCAGAAGAAGUUCACAAACGCUGUGGUACUGCAGCAGCACAUCCGCAUGCACAUGGGGGGGCAGAUCCCCAACACACCGCUGCCAGAGGGCCUUCAGGACGCCAUGGACGCUGAGCUGCCCUUUGACGAGAAGAACACGGAGACCCUCAGCAGCUUUGAUGACGACAUUGACGAGAACUCCAUGGAGGAAGACUCAGAGCUGAAGGACACGGCCAGUGACUCGUCCAAACCGCUCCUGUCUUACUCGGGGUCCUGCCCACCCUCACCUCCGUCAGUCAUCUCCAGCAUUGCUGCCCUGGAGAAUCAAAUGAAAAUGAUGGACUCAGUCAUGAACUGCCAGCAACUGACCAGCUUGAAGUCAGUGGAAAAUGGAUCUGGGGAAAGUGACCACCUGAGCAAUGAUUCCUCAUCUGCUGUGGGUGACCUGGAGAGCCACAGUGCAGGCAGCCCCGCCCUGUCUGAGUCCUCUUCUUCCCAGGCUCUGUCACCUGCCCACAGCAAUGGUGAGAGUUUCCGCUCCAAGUCCCCAGGCCUUGGUCACCAGGAGGAUCCCCAGGAGAUCCCGCUGAAGACUGAAAGGCCCGACAGCCCAGCCCCAGGCCCGGGAAAUGGAGGUGCCCUGGACCUGACAGCAGGCCAUCCUGGGCGGCCCCUCAUCAAAGAAGAGGCCCCAUUCAGCCUACUGUUCCUGAGCAGAGAGCGGGGUAAGUGUGCGAGCACUGUGUGUGGUGUCUGUGGCAAGCCCUUUGCUUGCAAGAGCGCGUUGGAAAUCCACCACCGCAGCCAUACGAAGGAGCGGCCGUUUGUCUGCAUGGUCUGCAGGCGGGGCUGCUCCACUAUGGGUAACUUAAAGCAGCACUUACUGACACACAAGUUGAAAGAGCUGCCUUCUCAGGUAUUUGACCCCAACUUUACUCUAGGUCCCAGCCACAGCACGCCUAGCCUGGCCUCCAGUCCUGCGCCCACCAUGAUCAAAAUGGAAGUGAACGGCCACAGCAAGGCCAUCGCACUGGGUGAGGGCCCACCUCUACCGGCCGGGGUCCAGGUCCCUACUGGGCCCCAGACAGUGAUGAGCCCUGGCCUGGCACCCAUGCUGGCACCCCCACCACGCCGGACACCUAAGCAGCAUAACUGUCAGUCAUGUGGGAAGACCUUCUCCUCAGCCAGCGCCUUGCAGAUCCAUGAGCGUACCCACACUGGGGAGAAGCCCUUUGGCUGCACCAUCUGUGGCAGGGCCUUCACCACCAAGGGCAAUCUCAAGGUACACAUGGGCACACACAUGUGGAACAAUGCACCAGCAAGGCGUGGCCGCCGCCUCUCUGUGGAAAACCCCAUGGCCCUGCUCGGUGGUGAUGCACUGAAGUUCUCUGAAAUGUUCCAAAAGGACCUGGCAGCCCGGGCAAUGAAUGUUGACCCCAGCUUUUGGAACCAGUAUGCUGCAGCCAUCACCAACGGACUUGCAAUGAAGAACAAUGAAAUUUCUGUCAUCCAGAAUGGAGGCAUCCCCCAGCUCCCAGUAAGUCUAGGCGGAGGUGCUAUUCCGCCUUUGGGUGCCAUGGCCGGUGGGGUGGACAAGGCGCGCACUGGCAGUAGCCCACCCAUUGUCAGCUUGGACAAAGCGAGUUCAGAGACAGGAGCCAACCGGCCGUUCACGAGGUUCAUUGAGGAUAACAAGGAGAUUGGGAUCAACUAGCUGGCUGCACUAAGACUCCAUCCACCUGUUCUGUCCCAAGUCCACACUUUACAGUUUGAGCAUCAGGCUUUGGACCCAACAUGCCUAAAUUCACACUAAUAUUUUGCCCAUGACAGAAAAUACUUGCACCAUGGCUACUGUGAAGUGGCCUGGUGAGUGCUGCACAGUACUUCCUUCAGCAGUGGAUUUGACUGUUCUUAAGAACUCUGCAACCUCUCAAAUUCCAGACAGAAGCAAAAGUGCUUGGAAAACUGCCUUAGGACAGAAAGAGCUCAGACCAUAUCUACUUCGUUUCUCCUAAAACUUAGUGACCCCGGAAAAUGGGGUCCCUUGUGGUAAUCCAGUGAGCCCCAUUCAAUGGUUUUGUUCAAAUUAGGUAGAAACUUGAACUAUGUUUUAGGAACUCUUCGUCUUUAAGAAGUGGUUCAGUGGUACAAACGCUGUGUAUUACGACAGUGUCUUCGUCCGUAGUAUUUAUAAUGUUAAGAUUAUGCGGGUAACAGACAAUAAAAUAGCCCCAUCCUUAAAUGAAGCUUUUGUACUGCAGAAUACAUCUGGCUAUGUGAUAUUUUUUUUUUUAAGCAAGAUUUGCUUUACUAUAAAUAAGUGGAUUAAUUCAAUGCAGGCAAAAUUGUGACGUUCUAUUGGGAAAGAUAGCAUGCUUUUUGUGUGCAAGUACCUGUCAGUAACCCCCCCCUUUUUUUUAAAUUUAAAUGUUUGUAGCUGCUAUGUGAACAGUUGUUCUCUAGUGUGGUCUGUAGCCCAGCGGCUGAGUGGGGAACAAGUUACAGACAAACAUCACCGUAAAUGAUUCACAGCAUUAUAAACAGUUGUGAGUAACUAUUUCACGUUAUCAAAGCUGUACA